CCCAAUUAACUAGGUAAUACAUGUUUUAUACUGAUCUAAAUCGACUUAACAAAGUGCCACGUAAGUAAAGACUAAGUAGGUUUCUAUCAAUCCACACAAUAAAAGACACUUUAUAUUCAAUCAUUUUUACGUACACAUUACAUAUCUCUAGUGCAGGAUCUAUUUUAACAUCAGCGCUCACCAUCUAACACCAUUCGCACGUACGCGCACCGCGACAUACCAGUUACCAGUACCACUCACUGUUUGUGUGAUUAGGCAUCAAAGCUCCAAAUAAAGAAUAAACCGUGGCUUCUAUCACUAGGUCCACUGUCUUGGUUUCCCCUGGUAAUGGGCUUAGGCCCUUCUUCACUCAGGCCCAAUGUUCCUCUGCUCUCUCCUUCUCCUACCUCUAGUUGCCAUAAUAGAGAAGAUAGUGCUGGUCUCGAGAGUGUUCGAAUCCAAUCCAAUUGGUCAAAGUCUCAUGGGGACUUGCACUUUGCCGCUCAUGCCUGGAAAAACGGCGACCUUCCCCGUCUCCUGUCCUUCUCCUUCCUUUGUUUUCUUUAGUUUCACUUACACCGUCUUUGUGCCCAGAUUGCUCUCCAAACUCUUCUUCCGUGUCAUUUCUCACAAAUCUGGAUAUGGAGUGGUUGGCAGAGGAAUUCCCGAUAGGAACGAUGGCUAGCCCGCCACUCCUCCUCUGUUCGGAGCCCAGGCUUGGACCUCUAUUCUUCAACCCGCAAUGCAAUACAUUUGCCCGACUUUUCUCGUCUCCCUCUCUCGCUCCUCCUUUUCUCUCCCCUCAUCCACCUCGCCUCUCUCUUUCCAGGUUUCUCAUCACUACUUGUCCUUCUAUCCUCCCCUCCACUGCCUCCUCCAUUGACUCUGCAUUUGGCCCAGAAAACGACCCUGUUUCUUCUCUUCCUUUGUCCCACAACCGCCUCCAGCUCCUCCACUUCAAUGGGGAUGGUGUUGUUGCGUUUUUUCCGACAGGGGACAAUCUUGACCAAAUUGGGUUCCUCUUGCUUUCUGUUAAAGAUGGAAAUUUGGGAGUUGAUGCUGAAAACGAAUUUGUUUUCAGAGUGGAGAAGCAUUCCCAUAACCGGAUUGUUAGGAUUCUGGUGCAAUCUUUGGAUUUUCGAGGUGAGUCUUCUGAUUGUUCUACAAUUGGGUAUUUGAUGGCCUUUACCAUCUGUUCUGUUGAUUGGUUUAGUAUUAAAUUAAAGGCAAGUAGGAAAAGACCAUUUUUGGGUUAUUUGGGUUGUAAAAAGUUUAAGAGUUGCUCCAUUGUGGGAGCUUGUUGGAGUCCUCAUCUGCCAGAGGAGUGCCUGGUAUUGUUAGAAAGUGGUGAACUGUUCUUGUUUGAUAUGGGGUCUGAUUGCUCUACGUCUAAUUUCAAAGGGACCAGAUUGAGAGUUCCGUGGCAUGAUUAUGGUAGUUCCAGAUGGUUGGGUUGUGAGUUCAGCUGGCAUGCUAGAAUUUUGAUUGUUGCACGUUCAGAUGCUGUUUUCCUGGCUGAUGCAAGGUCUGAUGAAUAUGAGAUCACUUGUUUAGCAAAAAUUGAGAUGCUGGGUAUGUAUGCAUCAAUUGAGAAGCAGUUUCUUGCAAUUUCCAAGGCAGGUUCUGAUGGAUUCCGAUUCGUUUUGGCUUCUGAUAACUUGUUAGUUAUUUAUGAUGUGCGUAAGCCUUUGAUGCCAAUAUUGCAGUGGGUGCACAAUCUUGAUCAACCUUGCUUCAUUGAUGUAUUUAGAUUAUCUGAACUGAGGUCACUGUUAAAGGAUGUUACUUGUGAAUGGGCUACUGAAUCAGGGUUUUGCAUUGCAUUGGGAUCAUUUUGGAAUUGUGAGUUUAAGCUCUUCUGUUAUGGUCCACGUUUGCCGUCUUGUAAGGAAUCUGAUACACCAGAAAUUUCAAAUUACUGUACAUCAAUUUAUGCAUGGGAGCUUCCUUCAAAUUUCUUCUUGUCCGGGCGCGAGUGUCCUUGUGGAAAUUGUCUCCUCAGAGAAGAUUUUGCAAAGGAGGCUGCCCUGAAUGACUGGCGGCAGACAACAGAUAUCGUUUUAGGCUUUGGAGUCCUUAGCAAGGAUCUAAGUUCGUUGCUUUCUGAAUCUGGAGAAUCGGGUGGGUUUAUGCUAAUUAGGCUUAUGAGCUCUGGAAAGCUUGAAUCUCAGAGAUAUUCCGCCUCAUGGAGUUUGGUUAAAAAAUUUGAUGGAACUCAUGGAGUCUCAUUGCCUCCUGUUCUAGAUAAUGGACUGUAUGAUAUGGGUGUAGAGGAGUACAAAUUUCCCAAAAGGUUUAAGUAUCUAAAGCUUAAUUACCUUAAUGUUUUUUUAAAUGGUGCUCUCUCUCAACAUCUUGCGUCAAGUAUGAAAAAUUGUGACAAAAUGAAAACCCGGCAGAAAAAAAACUCAGAUUUUCUUGAGAAUUUACGUGAAAAGUUGGAGAUUUGUCGAUCCAGUCAAUCGAGAAUCUCUCCUGCUAUCGAAGCUGUAUUUGACGACAUCAGUGUGCCGACAAGCAUUCACGAGGUUGCCUCAAAAAGAGUAUGGGCAGCAUUGCCUAUGGAACUCCUGCAACUUGCCUUUUCAAGCCACUCUGAAUGUCUUCGCAUACUGGUAGAUCAGAAAAAGGUUUCUUUGGAAUUUCUAGCAGUUGGAGACUUAUCCCAAUUGCCUCCUUUUUUCUUGCGGAAACCUUCAUGCUGGUCCUGUAAAAGUGAUGCGCUUGUUGGUCCGGUUGUUCCUCUUCCCGUUCUACGAGCAAUUCACAAGUUUCAGAAGGGCUGUCCAAAUUUGGAAGAAAAGGUAGGUGAUUUACUGAUUUCUCACUCUGAUUUCUCACUAGCGUCAGAGCUUGAACUUGUAGGGGAAGAAGUUAAGCAAGUGGCCAAGGAAAAGUCUAUGUCGGGUUAUUUGCCUCAGCUCCAUGAUGAUGCUGCUGUCUCUCUUGAUGAUGGCACAGAAGAAAUGAGGGUUGACUCUAAGAAACUGAAACAUUUUAUUUCAUACCAUCCAACUGCUUUUGAUUGCUCUGGUAAUAACGGUCUUUACGAUGGUAAUUAUACUACCUUCAUUGCCAAAGUGCACGAGGAGCCUGUUUCGAAGGAAAAAAUGGAGUCUGUGGGACUGGAAAUGUUUGAUGAUCUAUGCCCCAUUGAAUUAAAAUUUGAUGCUCGUGAUGUGAAGUUUGGGGCAAAGGAAUUAAAAGCGCACAAUGCCUUUAAGAGACAGUUCGCAGAGUGGCAAAAAAGCUCCAAACCAUACCAGGAAUUUUGUACCAAGUUCAAACUCCAAAAGCCCUUUUGACUAUGAUUUGACAGCAUAUGUAUUUUUCUCUCAUCUUACCUGGACUUUGUUAAUUUGAUUACUACUGCCAGCUUUCUUGUGUUUUAUAUUUCCCUUGUUUACGCAUUUACGGCCAUUGCCUGGUAAAUUACAAGCUCGUACAAUUCACUCUUUUCUUGGAUAUUCGGCAUCAGAAACUGGAGGAAUCAAUCAGAUAUAAAGUAUCUUACUUGUGAUGUAUCCUAGCAUGGUUUUCUCCAUGUGCUAGUAUAUGUGUUCAACAUGACUGGAAAACUGUUUCUUUAGGAGUUUUCCUGGGUUGUACAUUGAACGAGUUGAGCCUGGAGAAAGUGAUUGCUAGUGCUUAGGUUGUGAUGUUGCCGUAGCCACAUAUCGGCUGUGCUCAAUAUGUAGUAUUUUCGCUGGAUCAGAUCUUUCCCUUUGACGGAAGCUUUUGGACCUAGCAAAACAUGGAAGCCUUCGCACAAGAUGAAACAGCAGAUAGAUGAAGACUAGAAACACCAAGGAUACAGCUAAAGUCGUUCAAGGCAUGAUCCAGAAAAAUCCUCACUCGCUCGACUUCAAUGUCAUAGCCAUUUCAAAGAAAAGUGAGGGUGCGUGCAUAAUAUUUUAAGGUUGGCGAUUUGUUCUCUUAUGAGGCCCUUACAAAUGGCUGAGAUUUUAUUUCCAGAGGCAUCACUGUACUGCAAGACCUUUCCAGUCUUCUCUUGUUUGUAUUUCGCCUAACAAACGUGGUUUUCGUGUCUGGUCUGGUGAUCUGCUGGCCAUGGCUGCUGUUUGCGAGCUUAAAUUAACAGCAAGGGAUGGUAAUGGUUAUGGGUUAGGAUAUGCUGUGGAAAAAAAAUAUGCUUGUUUCUAUUAUAUAUACUUACAGGAUGCUUGAAAAUUUGUGCAUGAAUUUGGAGAUUUAUUUA